CAUAACACAAAUGUCACCAAGGAACCAAAAGCAUUUCUGUUACGAUGCGGCACUUUAUUACGUGAAAAACCCGGUACUGAUUUCAAUAUCAGCAAGCUAGGCACACCGGCAAUGGACAAAAUAGCGUUGCCACCGCAAGACACUGACCUAGCACCUGCGGGCGCGAUGACCACAGUGAUUGGAUGGGGUCUAAAUAGUACGCAUAGCCCAUUGUUGCCAGAAAAGUUGCAAACACUAGACAUACCGGUUGUCGAUAGACCGACAUGUAUUAGUGAUUACAAAAAUUAUAACCCACCUGAAUACCGGAUAUCCGAUUAUAUGUUUUGCGCCGGUUAUGACGAGGGUAUAAGGGACUCAUGUAGUCACGAUUCAGGCAGUCCAUUAAAAUACAAAAAUACCUUGGUUGGUAUUGUAUCGUGGGGCAAUUUUUGUGCUAUACCUCACUAUCCAGGCGUUUAUACACGAGUAGGCAAUAUAGCCCGAGUGGUAGAGUGUCCACAUACGUCUGCUAUAGUGGGCGGGGAUGACGCCAAACGCGGUGAUAAUCCGCACAUGUGUUCACUUCAAUACAGUGGCCGUCACUGGUGUGGGGCCGCCAUCAUAGGUGACCGCUGGGCCCUAACCGCCGCCCAUUGUCUUAGAGGGGUUGAUCCAACGAGGCUCGUACUACGAUGCGGUACAUUAUUAUACGCUACCCCAGGCGUUGAUUACACCGUUAACCGAGUUAUUAUACACAACCGGUACGACCAGUACGGAGACAAUGAUAUAGCCUUGAUCGGGAUAAACGGGCAAAUGCAACUUGGUACUCGCGAUCUAGACCGUAUACGACUGCCUGCACAGGGUAGUGAUGUACCACCAGGCUCAAUGGUAACGGUAGUUGGUUGGGGUUACCUUGAUUAUUUUGGCACAGAUCUGGCCCACACUUUGCAAACGGUAGACGUGCCAGUUGUCGAUCGGCAAAGAUGCACCUCAGAGUACGAAGAUUAUAACGUGGUCACAAACAACAUGAUGUGCGCAGGUUUGGACCAGGGUGGUAAAGAUGCUUGCCAGAAUGAUUCAGGUGGCCCUGUUAAGUUUAAUAAUGUCCUGGUGGGUAUUAUCUCGUGGGGCAAUGAAUGCGCUAGACCAUUGUUCCCCGGUGUGUAUGUGCGUGUGGGCAAUUACCGGGAUUGGAUUAGAGUUACAUACAUGUUCAAAUUCGAUCAGUGUAAAGUAAACCUGUGUUUACCACGUUAUACACCGCACCGACACCAUAAUGAAACAGGUCCAUCGAUUUUGCCCGACAUGCAAAUAGUCGGUGGCGAUGACGCCCAGACCGGUGCCAAUCCGCACAUGUGUUCACUGCAAUACAAUGGUAAACACGGGUGCGGCGCCUCCAUCAUCAGCGCCCAGUGGGCCGUCACAGCCGCACAUUGUGUAGACGGCUCUGAUCCUAACAAAUGGUCAUUACGCUGCGGUACACUAUUGCACGCACAGGGAGGCAGCUAUUUCCCGGUGACUGAGUCCAUAGUUCACCCCGAUUACGAUCACACCAAUCAGGACAACGAUAUAGCUGUGUUGAAAGUGGGCAACGAUAUACCAUUGGGCACGAGUGAUAUGGACAAAAUCAACCUGCCUGAACAGGACUCGGACAUGGAGACAGGUGCCAUGAUCACCGUGGUCGGUUGGGGCUAUUUGAAAGAUGGUAGUGGCGUAAACUCGGACAAUUUAAAAACAGUAGAUGUGCCGGCUGUGUUGCGCAAAGAUUGUCAGGAUGAUUACCUUAUGCACGAUAUUACCGAUAAUAUGAGUUGCGCUGGAUUUGAUGAGGGUGGUAAAGAUGCGUGCACGAAUGACUCGGGUGGUCCGGCUAAAUACAAUAACGUGUUGGUAGGUGUAGUGUCAUGGGGUGGUGGGUGUGCAGUGGCUCAUCAGCCCGGGGUUUAUACACGGGUUGGCAAAUAUCGGCAAUGGAUUCAGGAGCAAACUGGUGUA